ACUAGAAAGGAAUAAGGAAAGGCGCUACGGUCUGAAAGAUUUUUUUUUUUUGAAAAGUGGAUAACGUUCCCCCCUGCAGCAGCUCAGUAGCCCAUUGCUUGAUGCAUUGUUCACUGACUCUCCACAGUUGAAGCUCCACUGUAAAUUUUAUAGGGAAAAUCAAUGAUGAUUUGAAUUCUUCUCAGUCUCCUCUGUAUGGCCUCUCUUCCCCUUCAGCAGCCAAUCCACUCUUUCAUCUCCAAUCACAAGGUGACUUGUUUCGAGCAUGGCCGCUCACUACGACCAGGCCAUUCUUUUCUCCGCCUUCGUAACAACAGGAAUAACAUUCAGCCCAUCAAAGCUACGACAGAGCUGCCUCCUUUCAGAUUAUUUGAACCUCCCAAGGUCGAAGAAUCACCUACUGAGCUGGAGCCUGCAGACCCUGAUUUCUACAAGAUAGGCUACGUUCGGAGUGUUCGAGCUUAUGGUGUGGAAUUCAAAGAAGGGCCUGAUGGAUUUGGAGUGUAUGCUUCCAAAGAUGUAGAGCCACUUCGCAGAGCCAGGGUUAUCAUGGAGAUUCCAUUAGAGUUAAUGUUAACCAUAAGCCAAAAACUUCCAUGGAUGUUUUUCCCGGAUAUUAUUCCAGUGGGUCAUCCAAUAUUUGAUAUCAUCAACUCAACCAAUCCGGAGACAGAUUGGGACUUGAGAUUAGCAUGUCUUCUUUUGUUUGCAUUUGAUAGGGAGGGUAACUUCUGGCAGUUGUAUGGUGACUUUUUACCAAGUGCAGAUGAGUGCACUAGCUUGCUUCUUGCCACAGAGGAGGAUCUCCAAGAAUUGCAGGAUGCAAAUCUGGCAUCAAGUAUGAAAGAACAGCAACACCGUGCAUUAGAAUUUUGGGAAAAAAACUGGCAUUCUGCUGUUCCACUUAAAAUAAAGCGUUUGGCCUGUGAUCCUGAGAGAUUCAUUUGGGCAUUGAGUAUUGCACAAUCACGAUGUAUUAGCAUGCAAAUGAGAAUUGGUGCACUUGUCCAAGAUGCAAAUAUGCUAAUUCCUUAUGCUGACAUGCUGAACCAUUCCUUUCAGCCAAAUUGUUUUCUACAUUGGCGUUUCAAAGACCGCAUGCUUGAGGUGAUGAUAAAUGCUGGGCAACGGAUCAGAAAGGGGGAUGAGAUGACAAUCAAUUAUAUGCAUGGCAAGAGGAAUAACAUGUUCAUGCAGCGCUAUGGUUUUUCAUCAUCAGUGAACCCUUGGGAUGUAAUCCAAUUUUCUGGCAAUUCACAAAUUCAGUUGGAUUCCUUCUUGUCAGUCUUCAAUAUAUCUGGCCUGCCUGAAGAAUAUUAUCAUAACACAGGUAAGCUGUCAAAUGGUGGAGAUGGAUUUGUUGAUGGAGCAGUCAUUGCGGCAGCAAGGACAUUGCCAACAUGGUCAGAUGGCGAUAUGCCUCCAAUUCCAAGCCAAGAAAGAAAGGCUGUGAAGGAGUUACAAGAAGAAUGCCAACUUAUGCUAGCUGAAUUCCCUACGACUUCAUAUGAAGAUCAAGAGAUCUUAGAUUCUAUGCCACAAGCAAGGAGGACACUUGAAGCUGCAAUUAAGUACCGUCUGCAUAGGAAGUUGUUUAUAGAAAAGGUCAGCCAAGCACUGGAGAUUUAUCAAGAGAGGAUAUUGUUUUAGUUGUGAAUUUUUUGCCUAUAUGGUUUAUCACUGUUUUUGGUUACGUAAAUAGGAAUUAGCCAUUAGAUGAAAUUUGUAUCAUUUAUUCAACUUCGCAGGUUAUGGAAACGAAAUUUAUUAGAGAUAUAGUAACUUGACAACCUUUGUAUUUUCUUGAAGUUUUCUCUUGGUGCAUUAUCCAUUCCACGA